AUGUUAAAGAAAGUGAUAGCUGAACAGCAAGCUCUCUCUCAGAAGGUGAUGGCUGAACAGCAAGCUCUCUCUCAGAAAGUGAUGGCUGAACAACAAGCCCUCGCCACAACAGUGAGAAAUUUGGAGCGUCAAAUGGGACAGCUUGCUAGUGCUCAAAACACCAGACCAGCUGGAGCUCUUCCAAGUGACACUGAAGCAAAUCCUAGGGCGGCCCUUAAUGCCGUGUCGUUGAGGAAUAGGAGACAACUAGAAGAAGUUCAGUCUAAAAAGAGGAAAGAGGUGACUUUUAAUGAGAGGCCAGCCAUUGUAGAAUCAACAUCAGAGCCAGCCAAGGAGCCAGAGAAGCCAGCUGGAGAGGCGGUACAAAUUAAUAUUCCAUUGGUUGACAUCUUACAAGAAGUACCCAAAUAUGCAAAGUACAUCAAGGACAUUGUGGCGAAUAAAAGGAGGCUGACCGAGUUCGAGACUGUGGCACUCACUGAGGAGUGCAGUUCCAGAAUUCAAGGCAAGUUACCUCAGAAAUUGAAUGAUCCAGGUAGUUUCACUAUCCAAAUCACGAUUGGUAAACAUGCUGUUGGGCGAGCUCUAUGUGACCUUGGAGCAAGCAUCAAUUUGAUGCCGCUAUCUAUAUUUAGACAGUUGGGGUUGGGUGAACCACGCCCAACAACAGUUAUCUUACAGUUAGCUGACCGCUCCCUUGCUCAUCCUGAGGGAGUCAUUGAAGAUGUGCUAGUGCAAGUGGGGUCUUUUAUAUUCCCAGAUGAUUUCAUCAUCCUGGAUUACGAGCCUGAUCAGGAAGUCCCAUUUAUUUUGGGGCGUCCAUUCUUAGCCACGGGCCAAGCUAUUAUUGAUGUUUGUGAAGGAAAGAUGACGAUGGGAGUGGGUGAUCGAGUGGAGGUCUUCAACAUUUAUAGAGCACUCAAGUUACCAGCCCACUAUGAAGAAUUGUCCAUAAUCUCUGUGGUAGAAGAAAAUAGUGAUGAUGAAAUGACGGGAGAAAUUGAGCAAGUGCUGGAUAUGUCCUGCUGUUAUGUACAUGGGGUUAGAAAAUUUGAAGAAUUGGACAGACCUGUCACUCUGACCCUCCCCAGGCCAUCUAUUGAAGAAGCUCCAAAGCUAGAACUCAAGCCACUUCCAGCGCAUCUGCGCUAUGCUUAUUUGGGGAACUUAGAGACACUUCCCAUUAUUAUUUCACCCAGCUUGACCAGCACUCAAGCAGAAAAAUUGCUCAGGGUCCUCCGCGAGCAUAAAAGGGCCAUUGGGUGGACUAUAGCUGACAUCAAGGGUAUUAGUCCAUCAUUUUGCAUGCAUAAAAUCUUUCUAGAGGACGGACACCGCCCCAGUGUAGAGCAGCAAAGGAGAUUAAAUCCCAUUAUGAAAGAGGUGGUGAAAAAGGAAGUAAUCAAGUUGCUCGAUGCAGGUAUCAUUUUUCCUAUUUCUGACAGCAACUGGGUAAGCCCGGUUCAAUGUGUGCCCAAAAAGGGAGGAAUGCCUGUAGUUGAGAACGAGAAGAAUGAGCUAAUCCCCACUCGCACUGUUACCGGCAUUGAAGUUGAUAAAGCGAAAGUGGAUGUGGUUGCAAAAUUACCUCCACCUAUCUCAGUGAAGGGUGUCCGGAGCUUCUUGAGACAUGCGGGUUUCUAUCGGCGCUUUAUUAAAGAUUUUUCAAAAAUUGCUACUCCUUUGUGCAGGCUGCUUGAAAAAGAUGUCACUUUCAAUAUUGAUGAUGCUUGCCUCGACGCAUUUGAGGAACUUAAAAAGAAGUUGGUGACUGUUCCCAUUAUUGUGGCACCUGAUUGGUCUCUACCAUUUGAACUUAUGUGUGAUGCGAGUGACCUUGCUAUUGGGGCAGUGCUAGGCCAGAGGAAGGACAAGAUGUUUUAUUCCAUCUACUAUGCGAGUAUGACUCUUGAUGAUGCACAGCUGAAUUACACCACCACUGAGAAGGAGUUAUUAGCUGUUGCGUGGGCCUUUGAGAAAUUCCGGGCAUACUUGGUGGGAACGAAAGUCAUAGUCCAUACGGAUCAUGCAGCAAUCAGGUAUUUGUUUACAAAAAAAGAAUCCAAAGCUCGUUUGAUGCGAUGGGUUUUGUUGUUGCAGGAAUUUGAUGUAGAAAUACGAGAUCGAAAUGGGAUAGAGAACCAAGUAGCUGACUAUCUAUCAAGGCUGGGAAAUCACGAUCACGUGGAGGAGGGUGGCCAAAUUAAAGAGGUGUUUCCUGAUGAGCAACUUUUUGCUAUAACCCAAGACCCUCCCCCAUGGUAUGCAGACUAUGUGAAUUAUCUUGUGAGUGGAGUACUCCCUCCCGAAAUCCAAUCUGAAGCUAGAAAGCGGUUCUUACAUGAUGUGAACUUCUAUUACUGGGAUGCGCCUUAUUUGUUCAAGCAAUGUGCUGAUCAGUUGAUGAGGAGAUGCAUUCCUAAAAAAGAGGUGGAAUUAGUGUUGUAUGAUUGUCACGCAUCACCUUAUGGGGGCCAUCAUGGAGGAGAUAGAACAGCUGCAAAGGUGUUACAAUCCGGUCUCUUUUGGCCAACCUUAUUCAAGGAUGCCCACGCAUUCGUUAAGAAGUGUGACCAAUGUCAGAGAACGGGAACAAUCACAAGGAAGCAUGAGAUGCCUUUAAAUAAUAUUCUAGAAGUUGAGAUUUUUGAUGUGUGGGGGAUAGAUUUUAUGGAUUUUAUGGGGCCAUUUCCACCGUCCAGAGGAAACAAAUACAUCUUGCUAGCCGUUGACUAUGUGUCAAAAUGGGUGGAAGCAAUUUCUUUGCCAACAAAUGAUGCCAAGGUGGUAGCUGCUUUUGUGAAAAAGAACAUAUUCUCGAGAUUUGGGACGCCACGGGCCUUAAUCAGUGAUGAAGGGACUCAUUUUUGCAAUCGAUUGUUGAAUAACCUUCUUGCUAAAUAUGGAGUUCGCCACAAUGUUGCUACAGCAUAUCAUCCGCAGACAAGUGGGCCACCUGAGGUGUCAAACAGAGAAAUCAAGCAAAUAUUAGAGAAAACGGUGAGUGUGAAUAGGAAGGAUUGGGCUGCAAAGUUGGAUGAUGCUCUAUGGGCAUAUAGGACCGCAUAUAAAAUGCCAAUUGGAGCGUCCCCUUACAAGAUGGUUUAUGGGAAGGCCUGCCACUUGCCCGUGGAGCUUGAACACAAAGCAUACUGGGCCAUUAAGAAGCUGAACAUGGAUCUUGAAGUCGCCGGUGAGAAAAGAUUUAUGCAGUUGAAUGAGUUAGACGAGUUCAGGCUGCAUUCUUAUGAAAAUGCCAAGCUAUAUAAAGAAAAGACAAAACGAUGGCAUGACAAGCAUAUCACACCACGUCACUUUGAGCCAGGCCAACAGGUAUUGUUAUUCAACUCUAGACUACGGCUGUUCCCUGGGAAGCUAAAGUCGAGAUGGUCAGGUCCUUUUGAGGUGGUGCGAGUCACUCCUUAUGGUGCGAUCGAGCUGCGAGCUUUAAAUGGUAUCAUGCCUCCACCUAGAAAACGACAAGCCACAGGGGCCUCAUCUAGCAGCUACGCACAAGACCGCUUUGUGGAAGAGGCUCAUAGAAAGCCAAUUCCGGAGAGGGGCAUUCAUGUCGGUUGGCUCCAGCACCACUGCCCGCACAUGUACAAUGAAUUGGUGAGGCGAGGGUUGCAAACUUUCAUCAAUGAGCCCGGUGAAGGUGACCACGGCAAGGAGCCGAAAGUAGUAGCGGUGGAGGCGAGUAGUAGUUCUGAGGAUUCUGAUGAUGAGGAGGAUGUUGAGGACAGAGUGGAGGCAGCACCACAGGCUCAGGAGCGAGUUGUAGCAGCUGCAGGACCAUCAGGGACUACGACAUCUUCAGGAGCUGCCCGGGUGUCCCGUUUCACUGCUUUGGAGCAGGAGAUGGCUGGUUUGCAGACCUCCAUGACUGAUUUGGGCACACGAGUAGACGCGGUAGCUGACCGACAAGUGAAGUCGGAAAAAAAAUUCAUGGGCUGGCUGCGAGCUCUGCGUCGUGCGUGCAACGUCAACCCAGACACUGUCUCCGACCAGGAGUGA